AUGUUCUGCUGCUGCCUACCCCAGCCCAGAGGAUGCAGGCAGAGGAGAGCUCGCCCGCCAAACACAUCCCCUCACUGGACAGGUCGUGUCAGGCUUCCCCGACGACUCUGGCCCUUUGGCAAAAAGAAUCAAAAGGCCACGGAUGAACUAGGAAGGAGGCGGGAAGACACGCAUUCCUCCCCGACCCCGGAGUCCCCGGUCGUGGGAAGGCCCCCGCUACCUCCCAGACCACUGCCCGCGGUACUCCACUGGAUUGCGGUCCUGGACACGGAGCCCACGGAGGCCAAGUCCGAGGCUUCUCCAGCCAAGGAGCUAGACCCACUCCCAACUUCAGCAACUCGGGAGGGGCAGAUGGUGUCUGGAGUCACUUCGGCGGGAGACCGGGAACCCACAGGUGCCCGGGCGCCUGCCCACGGAGAUGCUGAUGCUGUCCAGGGAGAGCUGGCUCCUGCUCCUGCCCCUGCCCCUGCCAGAGCGACUCCCACUUCCCCUGCCCCUGCCUGUGCUCCUGUUCUGGCCCUUGACCCAGAUCCUCCCUUGGUCCCACCCCUUCCCCGACCCCUCCCUGGGCCCCUGUUCCUGGCCCAGACCCAGCUCCUGCCCUUGACCUCGCCCAGGCCAUCACCCCUGCCCUUGCCCCAGCUCCUACUCAGCUCCUGCCCUUGA